CUCUUCUGAUUUACAGUUCAGUGCACUAAAGGUUCCUGAGCCAGUGGAUACACAAACUGCCAAAAUCGAUGCUCAAGAGCAGGAGGCUUCCAAGAGCACCGCUGAGUACGUGCAGGCUUCCAAGGCUCGGAUUGCCCAGUACGAGCAACAUCUCCAGAAGCUCAAAAGCAUGAUUCCCUUUGAACAGAUGACGUUUGAAGACUUGAACGAAGCCUUCCCCGAAACCAAACUGGACAAGGAGAAAUACCCGUUCUGGCCCCACAAACCGAUCGCUGAUCUGUAAACUUGUCUGGAGGCAGUUUGUCUAACGACUGUCAGACUCCAUGAUCUUUUAAAUAAAGUGCUUUCCCUCCUGUCCCUGGCUUAGAUCUUAGACAUGAGGUUGCACAGUUUUGAGACACAUGGAACAAUACAGUAAUGUGCAAACAGCGCAGUGUUCCUGCAUUUUGUCCUUUCCACCUUGUUUUUGUAGCAAGGACCACAGUCCCAGCUGGGCCUGUUGAUCAAACCGGGUCCUGUUGUGUCUUCUGUAACGCAAACAAUCUUUGUGUUCAUCUUUGCAACCACCCGGUGCAGGAAAUGUGGUUCUUCUGCCACUGCAGGCCAAUAGUUACUUGGAAGUUGAAGCCUUUGGAGAUCCUAGAGUGUGUUUAGUCAUGACCUGUGAUGCCAUGGGAGACAAGUCUCAGCAGUUCUAUGGGCAGAGAUCUGGGGCUGGUUUCUAGGCUGGUUGCAAUGGUUUAGGUGCAGCCAAUUGCAAAAAGAUUUGGAGUGUAGAUGUGUUGAGAUGCAUAAUAAAAAAAAAAAUAUAUAUAUAUUUUAAACAUCACAAGUAUCACCCUGUUAAUCCUGGUGAUCUUGUUAUUCUUUCUGUCCUGGGUUUCUGAACAAUAUGGAUCUCGCUAACGCUCUGUGUCACCCCUUCACAGAUAGGAGAGAGCCCAUGGUUGAAUUUGUGCGGCCGCCCGUUUAUCAUCCUCCCCAGGUGAAGUUCCCGUGCCACCAGCCCCUGAGGACCUGGACAGAUAGCGAGACACCAAGGAGCCCACGUACGGCAUUUCCUAGUGCCGGGCCUCCCCUCGAGGUCCUGGUGUCACCUGCAGCAUUUCCCUCCUCGCAGCACUGAUCCCCUCGACCACGUCAGAGCUGAGCGGGAGAAGAGCAGCACUUGUCACUGGCCCCAGCUGGAGGUUUCCUGGUCAGCAGCCACUGGCUCACGCCAACGGUCAAGAGAGGCAGAAGAAAUCCCUUCGGAACAGCUCCCUCUCGAAAGACACCCUUCUGCUUGAUGAACCGCAGGGAAAGGCAUCCUAAACCAGGCACCUUGACCUUGUUUUCAGCCCAGGUUCCCAGGUGCUGGUGCACUCGUGAGCCAGUCGCUGCACAUCUGCCACCAAGGGGAAUCGCCUCCGAGGCCAACUGUGCCAUGGGGAAAGGAAAGGGUUAAACAUCGGGAGAGUUUGAUUUAGUGCACAAAAUGGAUAAAGCCAUUCUCUCUGCAAUUAAAACUGAGGGUAUUUUAUUGAGUGAAAUGAGAUUUCAUUCCCCAUGACCUGUGCAAUUGUAUUUUGAAUCUGGGCACGGGCUGCAGUGACCUGCCACAGCAUUUGAGGUGUCACCAGCUGCACUGUAGGUGUUAAAGUGGGAAAGGCAGGAGGGAGCCUCAGCAUCUCCCAUCCCGUGGAUAACUUCAUCACAAAGGACCAGGGCGGCGCCCGCUGGCUCCUGGGGCGGCUGUUGCCGGGCAACAGAGACACUAUAUUGUCCCCUGUCACCUGUGCCCCUCGCCCAUUUGGUCACUGGCCGUGGUGGGAUCACUUGCCGUGGUGGGAUCACUGUGGUGGUGGACUCAUUUUGGCAGUUGGAUCGCUUUCGGUGGUGGGAUCGCUCUUGGUGGUUGCAUCACUUGUGGUGGUGGGAUCGCUCUUGGUGGUUGCAUCACUUUUGGUUUUGGAAUUGCUUUUGGUGGUUGAACCACUUCUGGUGUUGGGAUCGCUAUUGGUGGUUGAACCACUUCUGUUGGUUGAACCACUUUUGGUGGUUUGACCACUUUCGGAACUUGGAUCUGUUUGGCGACUGGAUCAGUUUCAUCACUCGGAUUGCUUUUGGCACUUGGAACUGUUUGGUGACUGGAUCACUUUCUGUGGCAAGAAGGAGGAGGAGAAAGGCUGCUGGCUGCCCAUCCCUCCAACAUCAUCUCCGGACAGAAGAGCUCCCGUCUUCCCACAUCCAGUUCAGUGUUUUCGGGCAGAGCAGCAGCGAUGGCCACACGCGGACUGCUGGAGAUGCUGAACGCCGCCAUGGGGACACCCCAUUUGGGGGUUGUCGACUUGGUGGCACUGCACAAAUUGCUGGAGGCCAUCAUCGGGCAGCUGGGCCAGCAGGAGCUGUCUGUCCUGGAGCCAGGGCAGAGCCUGACCCCCGGCCUGGCAAAGGACCAGGACAGCAAGGCCCAGCCUGGCCAGGAGAAGGAGGAGGACGGAGCCCUGGGCACAGGGCAGCACCUCUGGAAACCAAAGCAGCCGCUGGAUGAGAAGGACACGCUGGAGGGGACCGGGAGCAACUCCGAGGUCUCCUCCGUGGCCACGGAGGCCAUGCCAAAAACAACGAAAGAGGAGGAGAGAGACGUCCCCAAGAAAAGGGCUUCACUCCAGGACCUGUGGGAGGAGAUCAGCAAGUUUAAGGAGGCGCAGUCCAGCCUGGAACAGGACGUGCGGGAGAUGAAGGAGGCCAUGCAGGAGGCGCAUUCUGGCCUGGAACAGGACAUCCAGGAGAUGAAGGAGGCGCAUGUCGGCCUGGCAGAGGACAUGCAUGCCCUGCAGGAGGCGCAUUCCGGCCUGGCGGAGGACAUCCAGGAGAUCCAGGAGACGCUUGGCCUGGAGGGCGGUGGGGGCCAGUCUGCCCCCGCUGAGCCCACCCAGGUAGCCAUGGACAGCCAGGCCAGGAGGAGCUCUGCACUGGGGCCGAAGGGACGUGGGACACAGCCUGGGAUGGAGACCGGCAAGGGGACUGCAGGGUCUGGCUCCCCUGGGAUGCAAGCAGGGACACAGGGGGAACCAGCGACCCCUGUGAAGUUGUCAGGCGCUCCCUCCAUUCACAAGAGGUCUAUUGGUGCCGGCGCCACCACCCCGGGGAUGCAGCCAGGAUCACGGGGCACCCAGGCCAGCACCUCGGGGCUGGAGCCAGGAUCACUGGGCACCCAGGCCAGCACCCACCUGGGGACACAGCCAGGGGCCCCUGACACCCAGGCCAGCACCUCGGGGAUGCAGGCAGGAUCACCCGGGACCCACACCACCGCCCCUGGGGUGCAGCGUGGCUCCUUCAGCUCCCAAGCCACCAUCCCAGGGGAUGCCCAAGAGCCGGGCAAGCCCUGGGGCUCCUCAGGCUCCACCAUCACCUCCAGCUAUGAGCUGGAGAUGCGGGAGGUUCUCUCCCAGGUUGGGCAGCUCGGCCAGCUCUGCACUGGUCUGAACGAGCAGGUGGAGCAGCUUAAAUCCACAAAAGCAGAACGCGUGGAUCUUGAGGACGUGCGCCGGCUCUUCCCAAAGGGAGGCCGGCAGAGCAUCACCAGCAUCCUGGCUGACCUCAAGUGCCAGAUGUCCUUGCUGCAGGACAUGGCCAGGGCCCUCCACGGGGAGAAGGAGAAGAUCAGCAAGGUGGAGGAUGCUCCCAGAAAGACGAGGGGGUCUGGAGCCGGUAGGAAAGCAGACGGCAGCGGCCAGAUGACCCAACAGCCGCGGCCCAAGGGACAGAAGGUCAAGGCAGAGCGCAAGGAGCUGGGGAAGAAGCAGGAGCCGACCCAGGCCGAGCUGGAGCAGUUUGCGGCCAAGUACGUGAAUAAGUUGGUGAUGGAGGCAGCGCAGCAGCUGCAGGCAGAGCAGGUGGACGAGCCGAGGACGACGGCGCAGAGCGGGGGACAGGAGCACGCAGGGUGCCACUUCUGCAGCCCGGACACCAAGGUGCUGCUGGGGAAGCUCCUCCAGCGCUGCGAGAAGCUCGAGGAGCAGGUGGAGUCCCUGGUCCAGAAGGCGGGCAGCAAGGUGGAGAGUCAUCCGAAGUGGAGGAGACAGUCCCUGCAGCACGACGAGCAGCUCAAGUGCCUCCAGGCCAGCAUCAUGCAGCUACAAAAGGACUAUGAGAAGUUGAGCUCGGCCCUUGCAUACCUCCAGCAGGAUCGCCAGCAGAAGCAGAAUGACAUCAAGGCUCUGUCCCAGGCCCUGGGGAGGCUGGAGAAGAAACAAGCAGACAAGGAGGAGAUGCUGGUGCUGGGAAUCGAUGAGAAAGCAGACAAAGCCGCCCUGGCUGACAAAGUCAGUCGCAGCCAGCUUGAGGCGUGCGAGGAGCGGCUGACCAAGAUGGUGGAGGAGGUGACGAGCCAGGUGACGGGCCAGGAGAACGGCUGGCUCCAGUUCCAGAAAGAGCUGCAGAGACAGAUGGACUGCAAGCUGGACCGCCGGGAGCUGGGGGCGUUCCGGCAGCAGCAGGAGGAGCGGUGGAAGAGCCUCAGCGGGCAGCUCCAGGAGAAGGCGCUGCAGGCAGAGCGUGACGAUGCCGCUGGGAUUAGGAAGCAGCUGCUGCCCGGUUUCCAUUGCCUGUCCUGCGACCGGCCCCUCAACAUGCUGGCACCUGGACCGGAGCGGACGGGCGAGUGUAGAUACCCCACUGUCCCGCGGAGCUGCGGGGGCCAACACACCGUCACGCCCCCGCGCUUCCAGCCCAAACCGCCCAGCACCCCACGGCCAUCCCAACCCAGUGCCCGCAGCCCCAACAAGAAGGUCACGAUGCAGCUGUCGGGCCAGGAUGGCACUGAUGGGAACCGGCAGGACGAGCAGCUCUCGGUGAUGGGGGGCUCUGAGCUGCCCACAACGCCAAGGGCCACCCCAGACACCUCGACCUCCAGGAACCGGCCAAACACCCGCUCCUCGCUGAGAUCAGCCGUGCUGCAGCACCUACCAGUCUCGUCUCCCAGACGCUUCACCCUGGCACCGCAGCUGCUGCCGCCCAUCCCGCCCCCCCGCCGUGAACCAACCCCCUGACAGCCGGGCAGGACGGGGUCCCGGCCCCGGUCCCACCGCCCCGGGCACUGAGCAGGCAGCGGCUGCAAUAAAUGGCGAUGGGAAACAAA